AUGGAGCCUAGCAAUGGUGAUACAGUAUUUCCGGAUCAGAACAAACCCAUAUGGAUGAUUGGUUAUGUCAUGUUUUCUCUAGGGUCAGGGAUAGGUUUACGUGCUUUGAUUUGGUGGAAGCUUCACUCAAUGAGUGGAAGGAGCUAUUGUCCGUCACCACCAAGGGGUUAUGGAUGGAGGGGUCUCUGCCAUGAUUUCAGCAAAGAAGACGACGGUGAUGAUGCGGCAGUCUACAUUUGUCUUCCAUCAUGCUUCUCAUCCUUGGAGCAACAAUCGUUUCUAAUCUGGAUGCUCUGUUUCCUGAGACAGUUUAGAGGCUCCAUACGGAAGUCUGACUACUUUGCGCUUCAAUGA